AUGCACCGUCUUCGCAAGAACAUGCCCGACACUCCCCCAGUGUCACCACCCGUGGGCUUUGCCGGCCAGAAUGGCUUCAGCACGCCGCUCUUCCCCCAGCAGCCCAACAUCUUGUACAUCAUGGCCGACCAGCUGGCUGCCCCUCAGCUCAAGAUUUACAACAAGGACUCUCAGAUCAAGACUCCCAACAUCGACAAGCUUGCUGAACGAUCCGUCGUCUUCGACUCGGCUUACUGCAACUCGCCACUCUGCGCCCCAAGCCGCAUGGCUAUGAUUACUGGUCAGCUGCCUUCCAAGAUCGGUGCUUACGACAAUGCCUCUCCCAUCACCGAGGACACUCCAACAUACGCCCACUACCUGCGGAGUGCCGGAUAUGAGUGUGUCCUUGGCGGCAAGAUGCACUUCAUCGGUGACCAGCUGCAUGGCUACGAGUAUCGUUUGACUGCCGACAUCUAUCCAGCCGAUCUGGGUUGGUCGGUCAACUGGGACGAGCCUGACACCCGUCUUGAGUGGUACCACAACAGCUCCUCGAUCUUCCAGGCCGGACCAUGCGUUCGCAGCAAUCAGCUCGACUACGACGAGGAAGUCAUGUACAAGGCCAAGCAGUUCUUGUACGACCACGUUCGCAAGCCAGCCAACAGCCGUCCGUUCUGCUUGACCGUCUCGCUCACUCACCCACACGACCCGUACACCAUCGAGCACAAGUACUGGGACAUGUACGAGGAUGUUGAGAUCGACAUGCCAAAGGUCCAGAUUCCAAAGGACCAGCUCGACCAGCACAGCAAGCGUCUGCAGCACGUCUGCGACCUCGAGGACUACGACUUCACUCCAGACCAGAUCAAGAGGGCCAAGCGGGCGUACUAUGGCUCUGUCAGCUAUGUCGACGACAACAUUGGCAAACUCAUGGAGACUUUGAAGCAGUGCGGCCUCGACGACAACACCAUCGUCAUCUUCUCCGGCGACCACGGCGACAUGCUCGGCGAGCGUGGACUUUGGUACAAGAUGUCGUACUUUGAGUCGUCGGUGCGUGUUCCAAUGCUGUGGAGUUACCCAAAGCUGUGGGCUCCUCACCGUGUGCCUCAGAGCGUGAGCACUCUCGACAUCCUGCCAACUCUGGUCGACGUUGUUGGCUCCAAGCUUCACCCUCACCUUCCCAUGGACGGCGUCUCCAUUGUGCCACAUCUCAAGGGCAAGGACGUCCAUGACAACGUCUUCGCUGAGUACAUGGGCGAGGGUACCAUUGCUCCCAUGAUGAUGAUUCGUCGUGGUCCUUGGAAGUACAUCACUUGCCCUGCCGACCCAGAUCAGCUCUACAACUUGGCCGACGACCCAGAUGAGUUGAACAACCUCGCCACCAGCGACGACGCCGAGACCAAGAAGGUGUACGACGCGUUUGUCGCCGAGUCCAAGGCCAAGUGGAACAUGGAAGCCAUCACUGCCGACGUCGUCAAGCGCCAGCGUCAACGCCGCCUCUGCUUCUCGGCUUUGAAGCAGGGCAAGUGGACCAGCUGGGACUACUCUGUUCCUGAUAACAGCCAAGACAAGUACAUCCGCAGCCACAUGGACCUUGACGACCUUGAACGCCGUGCCCGGUACCCGAUUGUCGACGCCCAUGGCAACAUCAAGGUUCUCGGCGGCAUCGGCAAGGAGGGUGUCCUGUCCCUGCCACACCAAGCUGGUGCUGUCGGACAAUAG